AUGCAAAGACACAUUGACAAGAUCCGUGAUUCCAGAGUCGGUUCUCACUGUCGUACCUAUGACUGGCUUUUCGGAAAGCUCAAGACGUGCAUCAAUGAGAUGAAGGAAGACCAGAAUGAAGAGGCAGUGCGCAGUUCGCUUCAGAAACGACUCAAAGACAAGGACAAGGACAACAAGCCAAAGCCAAAGGCCGCGGCUGCAACGACAAAGUCGGAAGGUACACAAGAGGAGUCCAAAGGACUUCCAAACCCGAAGGCCAAGGCAAAGCCAAAAGCCACUCAGCCUAAUCCAAAGGAGAAAGGUUCUGGGGAAAAGGGUAAGGGUAAGAAGGAGAAUAAAGGCAAAGGUCCGGGUCAAGGAGAGGAGACAAAGUCAAAUCCCAAGCCAAAGGCUGAUCCGAAGCCAGACAAAGCACGUGUAGAUUGUCUGUUCUGGGGAAAGGGUUCAUGCAACCGUGGUGAUGCAUGUCCAUUUUACCAUGACCCAGCCAAGAAGGCGGCGGCAAAGCCAAAACCUUCGCCUUCGCAGCCCUCUGCAUCAACCGCCAAAGCUGCUGUCGCGACCAUAGCUUCGGUUGGAAAUCUUGCAUCAUCGAGUGCGUGUUCCGUUGCAUCCAAAGGGUCAACAUCUUCCAUGGGAAAAUCCUUGAUUGGAAGGUUCAUGCAGUUCGUUGCCACUUGUGUAUCAAUGCUCACUGGUGCCCAUACGCCGCAGGGGUUUGCCUCCGUGGCAACACUGUCGGCAGCACCAGCCGUUGUCCAUCACCAUAAUCAUGGAAUUGCAAUGAGUGCCAAAGCAGCUGAUCAGUAUUCACUUGAAUGGAUUGCAGACUCAGGGGCAGGCCGUGAUCUCACAUCGCAUCGUGCUUUGAUUGAGCAGGGUGUUCCGAAUGCUGUGAUUCAGAAACAAACUCAAUCCGUAAAUCCAAUCAAAUUUGAAACUGGAAAUGGCACGGUAGUUAUGGACGAUUGCCCCAUGGUUCGAUCACUUGGUAAACUUGUGGAGCAGGGUCAUCCCUUCAUUUGGUGCCCAGGUGCCGCAGGAGAAGAUGUUGAGCACUCCGCUCCAGCCGUGAUUCCAGAAGCUCGAGAAGAACGUGUCAGGGAAGAGGGGGGUUCAUCCGAUGCAGAUUCUGAAGGGGAGAUGCCAGUAGAUCGGUUGAGACGCCUCGUGAAACUGGAUCCAUUUCAAGAGAUCAACACAGAAGGUCUCUUGAUCUUGGGACGCAGACACUUCAUUGAGAGAAGUCCAUCUACCUCAAAGAUCACAUUCGACAUGCGUACUUAUGUUGAUCAGGUUGUGAAGACGUACUGUGAGCUUACUGGAACAGAAGUCACAGCUUUGAAGAAGGUCAGCACUCCAAGUUAUCCAGAGAACUCCAUGACAGAUGAAGAGUUGAACCAACAAGGACAACUCAGCGGUUCAGCAGCCAGAGUUCUGAUGAGAAUCCUUUGGCUCUCCAGACUCGCUCGCCCAGAUGUGAGUUUCAUUGUGGGUCGUUUGGCAACACGCGUCACACAGUGGUCGAAAUUCGAAGACAGACAACUGUACAGAUGCAUUUGUUAUCUUCACCACAGUCGAGACAAAGUUUUGGUAGGACAAAUCGACCAUGCACACGAACAAGAAGCAUCAAUCGAGGUGUUUACAGACAGUGACUUUGCCAGCUGUCCGUUCAGUGCUAAAAGCACGUCCGGAAUCAUGAUAGUGAUCAAGACAGGUCAGUUGUCGCUUCCGAUUUACUGGAGCAGUCGAAAACAGACAAGUGUAGCUCGUAGCACGCCGGAGGCCGAGCUGAUCGCUAUGUCGUCUGCCAUGUUCACGGAAGUCAUCAACGUACAAACCAUGCUGCAACAACUAUUGGAACGACCUAUCCAAGUUAACUAUCGUCAAGACAAUCAAGCAGUAGUCGACAUCGUCACUUCUGGUUACUCGGCCAAACUUCGCCAUGCACCCAGAGUUCACCGUGUGAACGUAAGUUCAGUAAAUGAGGUGCUUUCAGAAGGGUUUCUGCAUUCAAUUUGGUAUACCCAUACUGCAGAGCAGAUUGCAAAUGGCUUGACCAAAGUCAUUUCUCCAGCCGAGCAGCCCGAAGAGGCUUGGGGCAGCGGGGUAGCGGAGCCAGGCGCCAACGAGGAAGCGGAGUGCAAGGCCACGUCCUCCUCGCCGUGCAUGCCUUUGGACGACGUGGGGGAGAUUGCAGACGUCUUGGAGGCCGCACGACCCUUGGAGCCCUCGGACGCCCCGGCCCCAUCCACAGCGUCCGCGGCCGACGAACACGAGGCGGUACCGAAGGCGGUAGAGGCGGCGGUGGAGGAGACGGCUGCUCCAGCUGACCCGGCUGCUGACGAUGCCGCGGCGGAAGGCGACUAUCCGCGGCUCUUCCACAUCUCGGCACUGGAUCUGGGUGGCUCGGAGCAGGGGGAUGGAAUAAGGCGUUUCAGCCAGUUGGCACCCAGAUCGCCACCACUUUGGUGGCAACAGGGAUGGCCAAGGCAACGUGCCGGCAGUGUGGCAGAGGCCGAGUUACUGGCGCCUUUGGGGGAGCUGCUGAUGCCCGGCAUGCCGGUGAGGGAGAUGUUUCGGAGCUUCAAAUCGCCAGCAGGGUGGGGAGGGAACUAUUUGGAGCCGGAUUUGACGGCUUAUGGUCUGCUGAAAGAUCAGAAUGCAGCGCUUUUUGUAGAGUACGAUGGGUACUAUCGGCAUGCGACAAAGGAAGGCAUGGACAAGGAUUUGCUGAAGAACGCGGCCCUGCUGGAAUUUGCGCCUGUAGGCUCGUUUGUAGUCCGAAUCGGCCAUAAGGGCAGAAGUCGACUAGAUGGACAGGUUCUGUGGGUAAACGUUAAUUCUUGGCGCCCGAGGGAUAGCCUGUCGCUCAAAAGGUCUUUGCAGACUGCUUUAGAAGAGACCGUGCACAGACUUCGACAUGCGUUGCAUCCGAAUAUGUACAGAUGUUUGGAAGAACGCUUUUGGAUAGAGCAGCCGAUGCUGAUCUCCCAAUCUGCGCUGGACUUUCGUGAAGAUCGUUUGCGCGUUCUGUCAGAGCAGGGCAGUCUUGCGAAAGUGACCAGCGCCAUGGUUCUGACAGACGAAGAAUUUCACAAACGGUUCUUGGCUCAGAAAAGGUGUGAUGACGCCGCGGACGAGCCAAGCGGCGCGGUCACGGAUCGCACCGUGCUGGAGGGCCUCCACCACGUGGCCACCGCCAGCUCCGCGGCCUCCGGCAGCGCCGGCGCCACGUCGGGCGCGGUGACGGCGCCGCGGAAGGCGCCCAAGGUGAAGCGCCGCACGCGUGGCGCGCUGGAAGGGGAUGGAGAGGGGGUGCUGAAGUUAUGCUCUGGUGAGCCGUGCAACAAGACGUUGCGCGCUCGAAACCGACGGCUUUGGACAAUCCGGCCGCCCAAGCCAGCUACUCAAUGGCUGCUGACCAAAAAAAAGCCGUGGCCAGGGUGGACACCCGACGACCCCGCUCCAGCAGCCCGGCGGCGCGGCCUCAGAGCGACCUUGUCGAGGCUCCAGCCGCUGAUGCAGCACAAGAAAGGUUCGGUGACCCAGGUGUGGCAAGGGCUGGCAAUGCUGGAAAGAGUCUCCCGCCAGAUCCGCUGGGCCGAGUCGGAGAAUCAGCCCGAGGUACAGAUCAGGCCUCUCCAGCGGUUCGACCCAGGUGGCGAAGGCACCAAGGGGAACCUGGGAGAAGAUUGGGGGGGUUCGGAGGCGGAAGAUGCACCCCAGGACCGAAGAGUUUGGGUGGAGAGAUGGCCGAAGGUCUUGCUAGGGGCUGUUUUAGAGGUUCCCUUGCAGCAAGUUGAAGCUGCCAUGGCCGGUUUGGAGAUCAAACGUCCAGCAAAGGUCACCUGGCAUGCCCCUGGCAUGAUCAGCCCCUCCAUUCGCAUGGUGCAUUGCCAUGGUGCUGCUGCACGGUUCGUGCCGCGCAUGUGGAAAGGGAUCACCGGUGGACGAUGGAUGGCAUCCACAGCACCGGAGUGGUGGAGGAAGGGGUGGCCGCGAGAGCGGGUGGAUAGCCUGGCCGAAGCGGAGCUGUUGUCGCAGCUGGCCGUGGCGUUGAAGCCGCGGACAAGAAUUGGAGAGUUGUUUCGGAGAUUUCCAGCACCGGAAGGGUGGGGCGGGAAUUAUUUGGAUCCAGAUUUGGCGGUGUAUGGUGUUUUGAUGAGGAAAGAUGCGGCCCUGUUCGUGGAAUAUGAUGGAUUCUGGCGACACAGUGAGGAUGAAGGUCUUUCAAUCGACCGCAGGAAAAAUGCUGCCUUGUUGUCACAUGCUCCGCUUGGUUCACUCAUAGUCCGCAUUGGUCACUGGGAGUACAAGCCACUGGACGCAGAGCUAGAUGUACUUUGGAUUGCCGUUGAUCGCUGGAAUUCCGGAGACCAGCAGUCCAUCUCAAAGGUGUUGAACUGCGUUUUCCUGGAGAUUUUGGCUGAAUUUGGUGAAUGUUUGGAUCCAAGGGUGGCGAAACGCUUGCAGAAACUGGCGGGAAUGGACUUCAUGCCUGCUCCAGCCAGGUCUCAAGAAUUUGUGAAUGAAGCUGCAGCUGCGGCUGGUGGAACCACCAGGGAGGAACUGUUGGAUAUUUUGAUAAGUCAUGGCUUCAGCUGCUCCAGUGUGGAGAUUCUGAUGAAGCAGCCGCACUUGCUCCGUCUUUCAAGUGAGAUGCAAUUGAAAUCCGGCUUCAAGUAUCUUUCAAGCCUUGGGUUAAGCGAGACUGACAUCACCAAAGCAGCGGUUCGAUAUCCGAAAAUCCUUGGUUCAAGCGUUGAACAUAAACUGAAACCCACAGUCCAGUGGUUAUCAAAUUUGGGGCUGAGUCAGUGCCAGAUUACAAAGGCACUAGCCACUCAUCCUCAAAUUCUGGGCCUCAGCGUUGAGCAGAACUUGAAGCCUACCGUGCAAUGGUUGUUGGAUUUGGGACUGACAAAGAGUCAAGCUACAAAGGCAGUGGCCACUCGUCCUCAAAUUCUGGGCUACAGCAUUGAGCAGAACUUGAAGCCUACCGUGCAAUGGUUGUUGGAUUUGGGGCUGACAAAGAGUCAGACUACAAAGGCAGUCGCAACUUAUCCCCAAUUUUUGGGCCUUAGCGUUGAGCAGAACUUGAAGCCUACCGUCCAAUGGUUGUUGGACUUGGGACUGACAAAGAGUCAAGCUACAAAGGCAGUGGCCACUUUUCCUACAAUUCUGAGCUACAGUAUUGAGCAAAACUUGAAGCCUACUGUUCAAUGGUUGUUGGAUUUGGGGCUGACAAAGAGUCAAGCUACAAAGGCAGUGGCCACUUUCCCUAGAGUUCUGAGCUACAGUAUUGAGCAAAAAUUGAAGCCUACAGUGCAAUGGUUGAUUGAUUUGGGGCUGACAAAGAGUCAAGCUGCAAAGACAGUUGCAGCUUUUCCCCAAUGUCUGGGCCUUAGCGUUGAGAAGAAGUUACAGCCCACUGUUCAAUGGUUGUUGGACUUGGGACUGACAAAGAGUCAAGCUGCAAAGGCAGUGGCCACUUGUCCUCGAAUUCUUAGCUGCAGCAUGGAGCAGAACUUAAAACCCACUGUUCGCUGGUUGCUACGAUUUGGGGUCGAAAAACGCAAACUUGCAUCUCUAAUAAUAGGUUGGCCUCGUUUCUUGGGAUACAGUAUUGCAAAGAAUCUUGAUCGAAAGGCUCUUUUGCUAGAGACCUUGUGUACCCGAAAAGGGGCCAGGGAAAUCAUUUCGAAAAACCCUGAAAUCCUUCGCUUCAGCCAGCAGCGGAUUGCUACCCGAAUGAGCGUCCUCUCAAAGCUGGGUGGGACCUCGAAGGCGAAUUAUGCAGUGACGUUGUCGGAUGAGAGGCGAAGCUUGCCCCAGGGGCUCACUUUGGAGGCUCUGCAGGCCGAAAACUUGAGGCUCAAGGAGCAGGUGGAACGCCAACGUGCGGAAAUCCAGGAAUUGCGCUCACAAGUGCCUCUUCCCAACGAGCCGAUGGCCUCGUAUCUAGGUCUGAGUAUUCCGCAGGUGAGGAGUACAACCCCCGUGAAGGCGCAGGCCUAUGGUGUACCUGCAGCCAGGAACUUCUUGGUGGCGGCUCCCUGCAACGGUCCGCAGGUUUUGGGCCCUGCACUGGCACCCGCGCCGGUGCUGACGCCCCGCACGGUUCGCGUGGCUUCGGUCGCCGAGCCCACCAACACUCCAAGGCUCUACAUGCCGGCCUACCCUUCCUAUGCGGGUCAGGUCGCGCAACAGAUGCAGCCGCAAGUGUUGAGAUUUCACUCGGUGGGCCAUACUCAAACUCUUGGAUAA